AAACCUUUGAUUUAAGAAUGAAAUCAAUGGAAGAUCAAAUCAACAACCUUUCCUUAGCCUUUACAAGAUUCAUGAAAGAACCAAUGUUCUAUUCUAAUAAAAAUUCACGUAGCCAACCUUCUCAUGAUAACUCUGACACUGAGAAUGAACAAAGUGAAGAUGAAUCAAGUAACAAUUUCGAUGUUUCAACCGAUUAUCAAUUAUCCGAUACCUUACUUGGUCAGUACAAACAUAUGGUAAACAAUCAAGGUUUACUCGUAGAAGAAGAAUGUAUCCUCAAGAAAGAUGAGAUAUCCGAAUUGAAUAAAGUAUUCAACUUUCCAUCUAACUUCCAAGUGAAUGUCGCUCCAUUUAUUACACCUGAAGAAUAA